GUGUUCUACAACGGUGCCAACGUGAAGCAGGUGGACGUGCCCACGCUGACGGGUUCCUUUGGUAUCCUGGCCUCUCAUGUCCCCACCCUGCAGGUCCUCAAACCAGGAGUUGUGACAGUCUAUGCUGAGGAUGGCACAGCCACCAAGUACUUUGUGAGCAGUGGCUCUGUCACGGUCAACGCGGACUCCACGGUGCAGGUGCUGGCAGAGGAGGCGGUGACGAUGGACAUGCUGGAUCUGGCAACUGCAAAAUCAAACCUGGAGAAGGCUGUUUCAGAGAUGGCUGCAGCAUCUGAUGAAGCAGCUAAAGCAGAAGCUCAGAUUAAAGUAGAAGCUAAUGAAGCCCUUGUAAAAGCCCUGGAGUAAUUAAGGAAUCCCAGUGUCGAUGGAGAGGAACCCCAGACUGUCCUACUUGUCCUGGCUUCCCCGAUGGUACAGAUGGUGCGGGACAAAUGGAGGCGGAGAAAACGCUCUGAUCAAUUAAAAGGAAAUGUAAUC